GCAGUACGCACGACAUGCUGAAGAAUGAAAGCUGUCAGUUGGUAAAACGCUCGCGAGUAGUGCGCACCAAUUAAUAAACAUUAUAGUGCAUGUGCUCGAUAUUUUUCCUAUUUUGUGAAGUGAGAACUCUAAAACAUUUCUUAUUGUUUUAACCAUUUUGGAUGAAAGGCAAAAAUGAUGUGGAUUGACAACCAAAAAAUCACCUUGGACGAUACAGACGACAGCGAUUCUUUGAGUAGUGGCGAAGAAAUUCCAAUUUGGGUAAGGGGAGAGCAACGAUUCGUCUCGGGAAUAUCGGAGGAAACCACGUGUCAAGAUGUCAUCAACGUGCUUUUGCAGGACGAAGAAAACAGGGGACGCCCCACGGCAGUUACAGAAAAUUACUACAUAACAGAAAGAUGGCGCGGAGUCGAACAGCCACUAGAUCCGUUUUCUCCAAUUUUAGACAUUUGGAAUGCGUGGGGAAGAGCCCAAACGGAAGUUAAAAUCUCUUUGAGGAGAGUAAAAAGUGAUAGAAACAGAAGAUCGAGGUGUAAAUCUGAUUGUUCAGACAGAAGCGCAUGGAAAACCAUCCAUCCAAAGAGGCUAAACCAAAUGCAAAAUGAAAAUAAACCCUCGAGUACAGAAGAAUUACUCAAACUUGUAUUAGCACAAGGGGAAGUCAUUAAAAGACAAUUAAAAAAACUCAGACAUAGUGAGCAUCAAAUAGGUUGCCUGGAAGACAAAACUCACAGAGCUAGAAUACGCAAACAUGGCAGCAAUUAUCUUCUGGAAACCUACCUAAAAAGUCUAUCGGAAGCUGUCCGACCCGAUUGCGAGAACCUUGGCGUCGACAAAAACAGCGACAGCGGUGUUAUGACCGAAGGCGACAGCGAACAAUCAAAUUCAAAGGACAAAAAUACACAUGCAGAGAGUAUAGGAAGAUACAGCCCAACCUCUGAAGAUUUCAAAGAGAUUAAAGAUGAAGAUACGAGCUCCACUCUAAGUGAAGCUACAGUGGUGGAACAAGUAGAAUUACUGGAGAAAAUAGCCAAAUUAAAUAAACGCCUCCUAAGAGAGGAAGAAUCCUUGGUUCGUCUAGAAAUAAACUUAAAAAAAUACGACAAAGAAAAAGAUGAGGAAAUUACGAAGAACCUCUCCAAAUUGCGUACAGACAUGACCAAAAGUUCUUGCGAAAUGCAGCAUAAUGAAGUGGUUUUGGAAGAAACCACCGAUCUUCUUCAAAAGCGAAGAAAUUUUCUGGAAGCUUUACACAGCGACAUCCUGCACGAAGAGCAGGAAUACGAAAUGCUGCAGGCGUUACUCUACAGCAGUACGCCCCAAAAAUAUAAAAAGGAGACCAUCCCAAGAAAUUUAUAUCAAACCAAAGAAAUGUUAGAUACCUUAGUUUAAUGUUUAUUAGUUAAGUUUUUGAGUUCUGUACCAAAUAUUAAGUACCUAAUUGAUUUUAUUUCUAGUUUAUUGUCAUUGUUAGUUGUUGACUAAAGAAUAUA